UAUUUAUUUAUUUAUUUUUUUUGUUAGUGUGAGAUUAUUUGAUGAACAGGAAACGUAUGAAUAAGUUGACUGAGUUUGUUUCUGUAACAUUUUAUAUUUCAGCUGUUGUUCUUCAUUUCCUUCCCCUUUUGCUCUCUUAACUUCAAAUCUUAUACCUUUUCAUUCGGCUAUCAUUUUCGACAAAUUUUAUAUCAGAAUCUAAGCCAUCGUCGAAUUCCCCCAAAAACGGCCACACAAGGCAUAACAAAGGCGAGAAAGGAAGCAAAUCCCGCCGGAAUGACCUCAAUCCAAGAGAGAAGUUUAAUCCUAGUUUUCUUUCUAUGACUUAGAAUCGAGGCAUACAAUCCCGACGUCCAGGCACUUCCGCAUCGGCGUUUUCGAGUCCUCUCGGUCUGGUUAAUAAUUUGGGAUCCUCUCUCUAAACUCUACUUAGCGGAGUGCGACCAUAAUAUUUUGUUACGGCCACCACUGCGUGUGGCGUCUCCCAGUCCACCAAGGCUUGCAGUGUAAAUGCAGAUUGUUGAUGCGUGAUGAGGCGUAUUCCAGGGUCUGUCUCGCGUUUCUUCUUUCCUCGGAAGAAGUCAUCACAUGAAAAUUAUAAGAACACCGAGAAAGAUUGGGCGUUUCCAGAAGAAUUAUGCCGUCGCUUUUCACUUGCCGAGAUCACAACAGCAACUCAAUGUUUUGAUGCGAGCUUAUUUAUUGGUAGUGGUGUCUUUGGCUCAGUAUACAAAGGGCGUAUUAAGGUCAAUGGGGAUGAGGACAGGACAGACGUGGUUGCAAUCAAGCGCAUUUUCACAGAUUCAGAACACCAAGUGCGUCAGUUCAGGGCAGAGGUGGAGUUACUGUGCCAGCUCCGCCACACCAACCUCAUCUCCCUCAUCGGAUUCUGCCAAGAAAAUGGAGAGUGCUUCAUUGUUUACAAUUACAUGCCCAAUGGUUCCCUUCGUGAUUAUCUUUAUGAAACUUGCAAUAUUAAAAAUAAAGAUGCCUUUCCCUUGACUUGGAAGCAAAGGCUGAAAAUUUGUAUUGGGGUGGCGCGCGCAAUACACUACCUUCACGCAGGGGUUAAGCAUACGAUCAUCCACCGAAACGUGAAAUGCUGGAACAUUCUAUUGGACCAAAACUUGGUCCCCAAGCUUUCAGGCUUCGUGUUGUCUAAGAGGGGUCCUCCUGUCUUGUCAAAUGCAUUAAUCAGACUGAACUCAGAGCUGGCCGGUACAAAGGGCUAUAUUGAUCCAGAGUAUGUAUGGUCUGGCCAACUCACCGAAAAAUCUGAUGUCUUCUCAUUUGGAAUGGUGUUAUUCGAAGUUUUGUGUGCCAAAUCUUGCACAAGAGAUAUACCUGAAUGCGUGGAAAAGGGUGAUACUUUCCCUGCUAUGAUUGAUCCAUUUCUGGUGGGAAAAGUAGCUCCAGGUUGUUUGAGAAAAUUUAUGAACAUUGCCGAGAGAUGUGUGCGUCUAUCAGGAGCUGAACGGCCCACGAUGGGUGAAGUGGAGGUAGAACUUGAGUGCGCACUGGAGUUGCAGGAGAGCACGGACGCCAUUAAGCAGCUCAAGGAGUUGGGGACAACUGCAAGUAGUUCUCUUGCUCCUCCUCCUCCUGCUGCUGCACAUGACAUGGAAGACUAUACCUACCAAGAUAUUUCAUUUUCUGAGAUCAAUGAAAAUUUACCACAUAUAUAUUUGCGGGAGUGGCCGUGAGAUUCAUACAGUACUGAGAUGGCAGCUUAUGUCGAUGAUAUUGCUAGCUUUGAUCGUAACAGGGAAGCAAUAACUUAGAACAAAUAUUGUGAUAUGCAAUUAUACUACUCUUGCAAGAAAUAAACUUUGGUUAUAUCUAUCCGAGGAACGCUACAGAUUUUUUGAUUUCAUAUGUUCCUCUAUAUGUAAAUAAAAGGUUCUUUUCGCAUGUCAUACACGAGAAAACCAAAUGUACGUAGGGCUAAUUGCUUGUAUUGGAGUGAAUUUGUUCUACUUUGAGGCCAGUUAGAGAAAAAAUCAUGUCGGAAGAAUAAACUACCGGCUUCGUUGAAAGUUAGAGUGAGAACAAUGUAAAAAAUACUUGUACUUAAACUCAUAAAUCUCAUUAUUCUUGGUUUCCAGUCUCA